UUGGCCAAUUAAGUCCGUUGUGCGGGCCGCUGUGGUUCCGCUUCCACCCGAGCGAGGCGGCCAUGGCUGAGCCGCCGGACCGAGAGAGCCGGGAGACGCCGGCCGCCCUGGCGCUGGCCCAGGAUCGCUUCGCCAGGGGCGAAUUUGCCGAGGCGCAGGCGCUGUACUCGGCGUUCAUUGGCCAGUGCGCGAGUCGCGGGAGCAAAUGCAGCCCCGAGGAUUUGGCCACUGCAUAUAACAACAGGGGGCAAACCAAGUACUUCAGCGUUGAUUUUUAUGAAGCCAUGGACGACUACACAUCUGCUAUAGAAAUCCUGCCCAACUUUGAAGUGCCGUAUUACAACAGGGGCUUGAUACGCUACAGGCUGGGGUACUUUGAUGAAGCUCUGGAAGAUUUCAAGAAGGCACUGGACCUCAAUCCUGAGUUUCAAGAUGCUGUUUUGAGCUUCAAACAGACUAUUUUAGACAAAGAAGAAAAACAAAGAAGAAAUGCUGAGAAAAAUACUGAAACUUUUAAUUUAUUGAAAUUUUAACUCAUGAUCCUUAAACCUCAACUAAGAUACACGUGGAACACUUUUGAUUAUAUGUAAGAGGCUGCAUUUUAGAAGUGAAAGUAAAAUAAUAUGUUUAAUCAAAGUUAUUCAUUUCAAGGAGAGACCAUGUUGGAUAGAUCUUUUAAUAGAGUAAAUAAAUAAUAUCAAUGUACAUUAUUAUAGUAAAAUAUUUAAAUCAAUAUGUAUUAUUUUUACUAAAGGUUUUAUUUUUACCACA